AUGGCAUCCAAGUUGAAGAGAAUGCUGAGCGUCAAGGAGCGUAGGGUCUGCCGCAAAACAAGUGCCCCUAGCUUUUCUCGGCCGGGCUCGCCCAAGCUCCGCUCCAUUGCCGAUCCCGACUACAAGCACAGCUCCGCCCGCCGCACCAUGUCACAGCCCCUCGCCAUGCAAGCCAACCUCGCCGGCCCUGCAAAACUUGAGGCUGUCACUGCUCUUAUGAAGAAGUUGGAAGACGACCUGAAAAAACCCACCCUGCUCCCACAUCAGCGUGAUGCUGCUCUUGAAGAGCUGAAGAUCUAUGGGCGGGACCCUACCAACGCUGAUCCUAUCUUUACACCAGAGGGUAUCGAGAUGCUUACAAGGCAUGCCUUCUUAAGCCCCUCGAACUCCACGGCAAGGGCAGCUCUGAGGGUUUUGGCCAACACGAUGCUAUUGAACCCUAAGGCUCGCCAAACAUUUGUUGACCUUGGCUACGAGGACCAAGCUUGCAGGAGACUGAAGAACGACAGCUUCGACGAUGAAUUCCUUGUCUCCAGAGUCUUGUUCCUCACCACCUAUGGAACCAAAAUCGAUCUCCUUGCUCUGAUUCAGAAACACAGGUUGGCCGAUAUCGUGAUUGAGAAUCUUUCCAAGCACCAAAAGCGCUUGGGAAGUUCCCAGACCCAUGUGUCAGCCGAUCCUAUGGAAGACAUGGCGCUCAACGAGACUCUGAAGCUACUUUUCAACGUCUCGCAUUUCUGCCCCUCGGAAGUGGGGGCCUUUACAGGCGCCAUUCCACACAUCAUUGCACUACUUUGGAAGCAUGAUAUUCCCUCCAACAAACCGCUCGAUCCGCCAUUCAAUACCCUUGUCAAUGCUUUGCUGGAUCUCAAGUUGGAGGACAAAGAUGUCCAGGGGGCUCUUUAUCCCAAGAGCGAACCUGCAAAGGUAGCGGAUCGCUUUAUUGAGAUACUGGACGCGGCUCUGAAGGCAUAUCCCGAUAAUGAGCUGGAGCAGCUGGUAACGCCGCUGAUAGGUGUCUUGCGGCGUGUGCACGAUGGUGCUCCUGACGAUGCCAAGAAGGCUAUUAGGAAGCAGCUUCUUCCUACCGAGCAGGAUAGAAAGGAGGUUCUUGGCCGCGGUACCUCAUUGACUUCGCGCUUGUUGCGCAACUCCACCAAUCCCCUGACUCCCCAUCUUCGGGAGGCCAUCUCCCAUCUUCUCUUCGACAUGUCAGACAAGGAUGCUUCAAAGUUUGUUGAGAACGUCGGUUACGGCUUUGCGUCAGGCUUCCUGUUCCAAAACAACAUACCCAUCCCUACCAGUGCUGCUGAAGCGUUCAGCACGGGUGAGGAACAGCGGCCUGUCAACCCCAUUACUGGACAGUUCAUAGACAAGGAAAAACACGUUGAACUUCCGGAGAUGACAGAAGAAGAGAAGGAGAGAGAGGCAGAAAGACUAUACGUCCUACUCAAGAAGACAGGUGUUGUUGAUAUCCAGAACCCUGUGGAGCAGGCGGCGAGGUCGGGGCAACUUCAUGAUUUUGGAGAUAAGCGAGUGGAGGAGCUUGACGAUUGA